UAAUCCUCUCUUUCUCUUCGCUCAAAAGUAAAUAUCUGAUCGAGUUUCGUGGCUCUCUCUCUUUGAUCGUUUACACCAAUGGCGUCAUCAACGUCUCUAGCACUCAGGAGACUUAUCUCUUCCUCCGUCGUCCCUCGCUCCGUUCGUCCAGCGGCUUCUCUGCGCCUCUUCAAUACCAACGCAGCUAGGAGCUACGAAGAGGGAGACGAUAGGAACCAUCGCCCUAACCGGACAGUUUCUCCCCGCGGUGGCGAUUUCUUCUCAGACAUGUUCGAUCCGUUUACACCGACGAGGAGCUUGAGCCAGGUGCUUAAUUUCAUGGAUCAGAUCGGCGAAAGCCCUCUGGCAUCAUCUAUGCGCGGUGGGAUGGGAGCUCGUGGAUGGGACGUGAAAGAGAAAGACGACGGGUUGCACCUGAGGAUCGAUAUGCCGGGGCUGAGCAGAGAGGAUGUGAAGCUCUCUCUGGAACAGAACACUCUCGUGAUCAAAGGCGAAGGGGGUGAAGAAGAAGAAGAAGAUGGACGGAAGUUUUCGAGCAGGAUAGGAUUACCUGAGAAAGUAUACAAGACGGAUGAGAUAAAGGCGGAGAUGAAGAACGGCGUGUUGAAAGUCGUUGUGCCCAAGUUGAAAGAGGCUGAGCGUAACAGCGUUCGCCACAUCCAAGUUGAUUAAGAGUUUGUGAACGUGUUUUUUUUUUCCAGUAAAACGAGUUGUUGCCUCUCCUUUUUAUUUAUUUAUAAUGUGUGGAAUUCGUAUUCAUGUUUAAAAUCGUUUUUACAACAACCAUAUACUGUACGUUACUUAAAAUCUCGUCUUCUUCAUGGAUACUCUAUGUUGUGCAUUCAAAUUA